CUAUUCUGGAAUCUUUGUGUACUAGGGGAUGACAUUAUGGGUUUUUUAGUCUUUGGAUUUUUUUUUUAAGCUUUCCAGAAAAAAAAAAAAACAACAUAAAGAAUGAUGUAAUGGUCUGCAUGAAUUGGAAAAGAGAGAUAGGGAAAUGGAGACCCCCAGCUGUUCUGAUGCUAUAUCUUUGUGCCUUACUUUGGGAUGUUUGGCAAACUGACAGUUGUAUUAUCACCCUGCUCUCAUAGAUAACUGUAGAAAAAAUGGUCUUCUUUCCUAUGUUAUACUGGCUGUAGCUAGCUGUUUGCUUAGUGAUAGGUAAAAUCAAACUAAUUUACAGUAUUAAUCUCAAGGCUUUUGAAUUGUAAUGAUGAGUUUCUUUCUGUGUUUGGGAAGAAAACUUCUCUCUUAGAUCUUUGGUAAAGGAAGUCCUGGAAUCAUGAGGUUCCUUUGCCUGUUGUAAAUUCUGGAUCAUCUGGCACCUAUGCUCUGGCAAGAAUCAUUAUUUUAGUGACAGACACUUUGUUGUCUGGUGCUGCCCAAUGCUGUGUUGUAUUUUCACUUGAAGUCCUCUCUAAAAACUUGGGAAUUCCCUGGUCUUCAUUUUGGUCUUUGGUUUGUCACUCUGGGAGUUUUGUGUCUCUCAAAAGAGUUACAGUGAAAUUGAGUUUGUGGUUAGGCAUUUGGCAGCUGUAUUGCUUAGGCAGCCCUUCCUCUCCAUUCUUGCUGAUCUUUCCUGUUGCUGCACUACCCUCUCCAAUUUGCUGUUUUUCUAUGGUUUUAGGACAACUACGCUGAGAACUGGUCUUGUUGAAAGAAAUCAACAGUUGUAUAAACAAAGUGGAAGAGGUCCUGUAGAGAUGAGACAGCAACUCCAAAAGGCUUGGAAUUAAAUUAGUAGUUGGAAGAAGUAAUUAAAUUGGUAGUUGGAAGAACUGGGCAUUGAAUGUGAAGCUGUCCUGGUGCUAGAAGAACUUACUACAAGGUGGUCACUGAGGACUAGUUGGCAAUAUAUGCUGUUUCUGGAAUAUGCUGAUAUUGGGAUUUUCUGUCUGUCUGCUCUUAACCCGGUGGAAUAACUGAGGAGUAGGAUAGAAAGCUGAUGCAGAACUCUUACGUCAUGUAUUAUAGUUCCUUCAAUAUUUUGCUGUCAGUUCUCCCAUUGCUUCAACAUUCUCAGAGAAAAUAAUUAUGGAACAAAAGAAUUAACCAGACUUUUAUGAAAAGCAUCUAACUGUUUAAACAUACAAAUGCGACUUGCUGGGUUUGCAACACAUGACAAAUAUUUCAUUUGUUUCAGUAUGUAAAUUAAAACAUAUAAAAUUCUUUAGACAAAACUACAAAUAUAGAUUAAAUGCCUGUGGAACUGCCUGAUUCCCACAAUGCAACAUUUGCCAACAAAUUUACACAGCUUUUUUCUGUAAGGAAUUGUUUCUAUCCAUGAAAAAUUCUCAACACUGAGUCCUGUAGCUGGUAAAGCUACACUCAGCUUACCAUUCAAAGGAAAACUGAUGUUCUCAAAGUCAUGUGUUUUUCAGUUAAGCUGAUUAAAUCAGUUAUUGCACAGGUUUAAAUUACAUUGUGACAAGUUGCAGAGGCACAUUGCCUGAAGUGUCCUCGGGCAGAAAUGGCAAUCUUAUUUGGCAAGGCUUUUGGUAUAGAAUAUUUUCAUUUGGACAGCAGUUCUGUGUAGAACAUGCAAUUUUAAGUUUGGUAGUGUGAUGUUUAUUUACAGAUAAAAUAUUUUUAAUAUGUAGCCACUGGCCUCUCUGUAACUCUUUGAAUAUGUUAAGAGCUUUGGAAGUGGAAAAUUCUAUCAUUUCUUCAAAACUUUGGUCACAUUUCCUGAGUGGAGGCCUUCUUUAAGCAUCCUUAAGUAUGGAGAACUUCAUUCUGUAUGAAGAGAUUGGAAGAGGAAAUAAGACAGUUGUUUAUAAAGGAAGAAGAAAGGGGACAAUUAAUUUUGUUGCUGUUCUUUGCACUGAUAAAUGCAAAAGAGCUGAAAUAACAAACUGGGUUCGUCUGACUCAUGAAAUCAGACACAAGAAUAUAGUGACAUUUCAUGAAUGGUAUGAAACCAGCAACCAUCUCUGGCUUGUAGUGGAAUUAUGCACAGGUGGUUCUCUAGAAUCUGUUAUUGCUCAAGAUGAACAUCUACCUGAAGAUGUAGUGAGAGAAUUUGGUGUUGAUUUGAUUACUGGUUUAUACCAUAUUCAUAAGCUUGGAAUUAUCUUUUGUGAACUGACGCCUGGAAAGAUUCUGCUGGAAGGGCCUGGCACUUUGAAAUUCAGUAAUUUUUGCUUGGCUAAAGUGGAUGGUGAAAACUUGGAAGAACUUUUUGCUUUAGUUGAAUCUGAAGAAGGUGAAGGAGAUGUUAGUGAAAGCACUCCACAAAGAUACCUGAAAAACAGAUUUCGAGGUUCUCUGUUAUACACAGCUCCAGAAGCAAUAAAGGGAGAAGACUUCUCCAAAGCCAGUGAUCUGUGGUCCUUGGGAUGUUUACUUUAUGAAAUGUUCUCAGGAAGACCGCCGUUCUCCUCAGACAGCUUUUCUGAAUUAAUUGAAAAGAUUUUAUAUGAAGAUCCAUUGCCACCUAGACCAGAGGCUUCUCCUUUUUGCAAACCUUCUGCUGAGUUCAUUAGUUUGCUUGAUGGCUUGCUUCAAAAGGAUCCUCAGAAAAGGUUAAAUUGGACAGACCUGUUGCAGCACCCAUUCUGGAAAGGAUCCCUUAGCCAUUGUGGUGGUGAUUCUGCAGACCGCUGGGGCACAAGCUCAAGCAGUGAAGACACAGAAUCAUCUGUGUCUUGGAGUGCCAAAGAGCCAGUGGAUACUCAUAAAAAUCUAGAUAACCUGUCAUCCUCAAGAGCAGAUAAUAAGCUACCAAGCACUUGUCUCAAAACAGAAAUUCAGACUGAAUUGCGCCCAAAAAAUGCAGUUGAUAGUGAAACAAAUGAAUCAAUAUUUCUUCUCAGUUCUCGUCCCACUCCUAGAACUAGCACAGCAGUAGAAGCGAGAGAUGCUACUACUGCUCCAAUCCAAAAUUUUCCACAGAGAGAUUCAUGCUUGAAAAAGGCUAAAAAUAUGUGCUCAAGUCAGCAGGAUAUGGAGUCAACACUGAAAGAGCUCAUUUACAGUGAAUCUGAUCUUAUCAUAACACCGAUCAUUGACAAUCCAAAGAUAAUGAAGCAAGCACCAGUUCGAUUUGAUCUGAUAACUUUACAUAUACCAACAUAUUCAGCUGAGAAGUUAUCGUCUAUGAAAGACAUGGACUGGAAUGACUUCUUGCAACGAGUAUGUUCACUGCUUGAUUCCACUGAGAAGAAUACAGGAGCAGCACGUUCUAAACUGAACUUACUGUACUAUCUGUGUACUGUGGCUGUCCACAAGGAAGUUGCAAGCAAGUUAAUUAGCUCUCAGCUGUUUCCUUUAUUGAUACAGCAGCUGCGUGCAGCCGCCAACUGGGAUAUACGUGCCAAAGUUGCUCGAGUGAUUGGUUUACUGGCAUUACAUACAUCUGAACUUGGAGAAAACGUACCUGUUUCUGAGGCGAUUAUACUUUUAACUGAACUCAUCAGAGAGAACUUCAGGAAUAGCAAAUUGAAACAAUGCCUUUUGCCAGCACUUGGGGAGCUUCUUUACCUCAUAGCCAGCAAGGAGGGAAAAAGGGAACACCCCAGAGAAUGCUGGGCCGUUCCCUCGGCUGCUUACACUGUGCUAAUGAGGUGUCUUCGAGAAGGGGAAGACCGGGUAGUGAACCAUUUAGCAGCAAAGAUCAUUGAAAAUGUUUGCACUACUCUCUCUUGCCAUGCACAAGGAUUUAUUACAGGAGAAAUUGGACCUGUCUUGUGGUACCUUUUCACACAUUCUACAAUAGAUUCUUUGAAGAUAACUGCUGUUUCGGCUUUAUGCAGAAUCACUCGUUAUUCACCUAAUGCUUUCCAGAGUGUUAUUGAAAAAGUGGGAUUAACAGCUGUACUAAAUUCCUUGGCAAAUGGAAUAUGCAAAAUUCAGCAGUACAUGCUCACCAUGUUUUCAGCAAUGUUGUCAUGUGGGAUUCAUCUACAGAGGCUGAUUCAAGAAAAGGAUUUUGUGACUACAAUUGCUCGUUUACUUGAAAGUCCUUCAACUUUUAUUCGAGCAAAAGCCUUUCUGGUCCUGCUACAAGUUAUAAUUAAUAAUAGGGAGAUGUUGCUUCUCAGUUGUCAAGCAAGACUCGUGAUGUAUAUUGAAAGAGACAGCAGAAAGAUCACGCCAGCAAAAGAGCAGCAAGGUGGCAGUGAAUACCUGUCAAAAUGCCUGGAUCUUCUCAUCUAUCACAUUGUGCGGGAGCUGCCAGGAAUUCUAGGUGACAUUCUCACUGCCUUAACCAAUGUCUCCGGACGUAAACACCCAUCAACGGUUCAGGCCAAACAGCUGAAGAUGUGCCUUCCUAUGACGCCUGUAGUGCUUCAUCUUGUGACAUCCCCGGUAUUUCGUCCCCAGAUAGUCACAGAGGAGUUUCUUUUCAACUAUGGGACCUUACUAAAUUUUAUCAGAUCGAUAGAUUCAGGAGAAACAAACUUGGACGGAGCAAUAGGGCAAGCUGCAUCUGAAGAAUUGAUUAAGACUACUUUAUCAAUCUUUGAAGCAGUAACACAGCAUCCUGUCUUGUUGACAAUCCAUCACUUGACCGUUGAAGACUGUAUCCUCCCUCCACUAGUUUCUUUGGUCCACAGUCAGAAUGUGGAAUGGAGACUCUUCAGCUUGCGGUUGCUCUCAGAAACCACAUCACUGCUUUUAAGCCACGAGGUCAUGGCUGAGGAGAAAGAGGAGAGCCUCGACUCAAACAGCAUGCUUCUGUCUCUCAUUAGAGAUUCAUUGUUGCCUCAGUAUGAGCACAUUCUGAUGGCUCCAGACCCAGUGCCAAUGUAUGCUCUGAAACUGUUGGUGGCCCUGACUGAACACAGCCCUGCUUCUGUGAGACUUGUGGAAGAAAUCCAUCUUUUUCCAGUUCUUUUCCAAGUCAUCUUGGACCACCAAGACAGUAUACUUGGCAAUACAAUGCAAACUGUGAUCGCCUUACUGAAUAACAUAGUUGCUAAUAAAAGCACGAACCUGAUGUUACUCUUUGAAGAAGGACUGGCUCAUCACAUCUGUAAUCUCCUAAUAGAAACUGUGGCUCUGUACUUGGAGGCAGAUGAUAAAAGCAGCACCAAGACAGCAAAUGCACUGCUUUUGUCCUUGCUUGACAUUUUGCACUGCAUGCUGAUGUAUACAGCAAACAUUGUGCGCCAGGCUUUACAGGCACAGAAAUCUGGCACAGGAGGGGACACGCAGGCUGCUGAAGACCUUCUGCUUAUCAAUAAACCUCUGACGGACCUAAUUAGCCUGCUUAUUCAACUGCUUCCAGGUGAAGAUACUGAAAUAUUUGAGAGUGCCUCACAGUGCUUAUCCUUGCUGGUUCAGCUGUAUGGAGGGAACAGUCAGGAGAGUAUGUCUCCAGAAAACAUGGACAGCUUUGCUGAAGUACUGAAGUCCAAAAAAGAUACACGACAACUGAAGCUUUUGUUAAGAAUUAUAAAGAGACUGAUAACUUCAAACGAGAAGCGCUCGGAGAGCCUGAAGAAUGAUGGUGAUGCUCUUAUCCAAGCUCUAGAGAGCCUGGCCCAAACUGCCAGCUCUCAUGCCGAUGUGGCUGUUGCUUCCUUGGCAUUUGAAAUUCUGAGCAUGGUGGCACAUGAAAAUCUCAAGGCUACCAAGUGAACGGCUUUUGUCUGGCCUACUCACCCACGCAAGCGUGUGCUGCGCAGCACCUCAUUCCUGCAGGAGCAUCGGCGAAUGCGCAGAGCAGCCGUAAUCGAUCUAGCAGGCUGAGCUGUAGCUCUGCACGGCCGUAUGUGUGCCUUUGGGAGGCUUUAGGGCGGUUGGCUGGGGGGG